UCCCAAGAGACAGAGCACUGCAGAAAGAGAACAGCCUCCGAGCUGAGCGGACAACAUGAAGGUCUCUCUGUUGCUGCUCCUCCUCUUCCUUCAUACUCCCUACUGCUCCUCCCAGUCUCUUGGAAUCCGAGGAGAUGCCCUGGAAAAGCCUUGUGCACAGCAGCCCCUAGACUGUGAUGAUAUCUACGCUCAGGGUUACCGAACCGAUGGGGUUUACCUUAUCUACCCCUCAGGACCCAGUGUUCCCGUGCCAGUCUUCUGUGAUAUGAGCACUGAGGAGGGCAAAUGGACGGUUUUCCAGAAGAGAUUCAAUGGCUCUGUCAGCUUUUUCAGGGGCUGGAAUGACUACAAGCUGGGCUUUGGACGAGCUGAUGGAGAGUACUGGCUGGGGCUAAAGAACAUCCACCUCCUGACUCUGAAGCAGAAGUAUGAGCUGCGUGUAGAUUUGGAAGACUUUGAGAACAAUACAGCCUAUGCCAAGUACACAGAAUUCUCUAUUUCUCCCAAUGCCGUCAACGCAGAGGAAGAUGGCUACACUCUCUACGUGACUGGCUUUGAAGACGGGGGAGCAGGUGAUUCUCUUUCCUACCACAGUGGCCAGAAAUUCUCUACCUUUGACAAGGACCAGGACCAAUUUGUGCAGAAUUGUGCAGCCCUCUCAUCUGGAGCCUUCUGGUUCCGGAGCUGUCACUUUGCAAAUCUCAAUGGUUUCUAUCUGGGGGGGACCCAUGUUUCCUAUGCCAAUGGUAUCAACUGGGCCCAGUGGAAAGGAUUCUAUUACUCCCUUAAGCGCACUGAGAUGAAGAUCCGCCGUAUCUGAGGGCAGCACCCCUUUUAUAAGAAUUAUAGCCUUCACUCUCAUCUUUCACUCAGCUCUCUAUUCAGCUAUUGGCUUCUGUGGCUAUUCAUUUUUCUACUGACUCCCCUACCUUGUAUUGUUGCUAUUUGUCAGUCAGCACUUACUUCUGGUUCCCAAGUUAAUGGCCUUUGUCUUUUACUCAGCCGUUGUCGGUCCCACCUAGAUCUAACUCAUUUUUAGGUCCAGAUAUCAAUGAGGAGAGUGGUGUAUUGCAUACAGGGCAGCCCUGGAUUGGGAAGUUAGGAAGACCUGGGUUCAAGUCCUUUCUCUAACACACACUACCUAGAUUAUCCUGAUUAAGUCAUGUAAACUGUGCCCAAAGACAACUCCCUCUGCCUCAGUUACAGAUAAAUUAUCUAUCUACAAGAAUGGGACUUUCUUUACAGGAAAUCCCCCACAUCAAUGAAUGUAGAGGUCUAGACCAAAAAACCCAAACCUACCAAAAAUUAGCUAUUACUCAGAUGCUGUUAACCCUACUCCAGAUCUUGUGUACUGUUAUGUCCAGCUAACACCAUAUCUAACCUAAGGGCCAUUAUAAUACAUAGUGUAGCUCCCUCCCUAAAGAGGCUGAAUGAACCAACUGUUAACCUCUUGUCAUCCAAGUAGGGUUGUUUACUAACCAUGCCCUUGAUUUCUCUAAUGAGUUGUGCCCAUAGACUAUCCAAGAAACCAGCUUGGUUUGGCUUAUCAUACUCAGAUAUGACUACGUACUUACCCCAGAAAUCGUUGUUUUGUCACUUAGGAUUAUGAUUGUCUUUGGGGUCACUGAAGAGUCACUGGUUCAUCAGCUGUGGUCUCUUAAAUUCCAACCUGGAGCCAGCUGCCUUUGGCAGUCUUCCUCAGUUGUCAAUUCUUUACUCUGGGGCCAGCUAAUGUCGUGCUGUCAUAAUGAGCUGUUGCUAUGUCCCACUACAGAGCCAACUCCACUCUGUGGUUUAUGUAUAAUGGCUGCUAACUCCCCUGCCCUAGAAUCCACUAUUGUCAUCACAUCCUUUCCUGAAACCUUAUUUCAUUUCUGAGGGGAGUAUCAGAAAGGGCCACACUCCAGUGCCAGCUGUGCCUGAGCUCCUUCAUUCCCUCAAAGCUGGUUAGUUGCUUUCUGUUCUAUUUCCCAGUUUAUAUUGUACACUAUUGAUAAAAAUGUAUAAGGUCCAGUCAUCCCACCCCAUCCAACCAAGUGCAUGGCUCACUGUUGGGAUGAAACUAUCUUAACAUAAAUAUCUUAGGUCUACUCUCAGUCAGCAGGUCCUACGUGCCUUUCAGACAAGAGAACAGAACUUACCUCUACAGCAGUCUGCUGGGAGCACAAAGUGGAAAAGAGAUAGGAUGUGUAGACUAGCUACAGAAACAGCAAAAUGGAAGCCACAAUUUGUCAAUAAACCUACAGGAAUACCCAAUCUAAAGAAACUGUUUCUUCUGUUGAUGGCUUGAAAGAAUUUGCUAGACUUUCAAAUGGCUCCUAAGACCAGGCGUCCUGCUCUUCCAAUGUUCACCCUUGCAAAUGUUUCCCUCAAUUCCCAAAAUGACACUUGGAGACAGAAGAAAGGAUCAAUCUUAUAUUUCACUGGUCCCACAACAACAGGAAUGUAAAAAAUAAAAAAAAAUUCAAUACUGGAAGUGGCAGCUCUGAGAAGUGAUAGGCAACAGAACUUCCUGGGCCCUCCUAAUUUCCCCAGAGUUUUACAGAUACUGAGGCUUACACCUAAGGUUGUACGGUGAACUUGAGAUGAACCUGGAGAAUAAAUUGGUGAUCCUAUUCUCCCCAUCAAAACAUGGAUUCUUAGGCUUUUGGGGCUUCCUUUCUAGACCCUGCCUUCGACCUAAACUGAAGGAUCUUGUUCCCCUGUCCCCAGCUUGAGCCUGGUUUUUUAAUGCCUGGUCCUCAAGGUUCCUGAAGAUCAGGCAGGUCAGCCAGCAGCAUAGGAGAGUCCAUUUGGAUCUCACGUUGUAGAGACUCAAUGUCAGCUGGGUUCAUCCCAUGCCCUUCUAACCAAUCAGUAAGCAGAGAGGCUGACAGGGGGGCUGAGUCUGUUUGGCUACAGGAAGAGAAGAGAACAGAGAAAGGAAGAGAAUAUUAAUCAGCAAGGUCAAGUUACAACCCAUACCUUAGAGUAAGAGUCCUUAACCUGGGUCAGUAAACUUUUGUUUUAAUAUGUUAA